CCGUGGGAAAAGAAGCUCAGAGGGAUUCUGGAGGGGGGAAAAAAACGCAGUAGAGGCAGGCGCGAAUGCGCGCGCGCGCCACGAACAGCUGUGCGCACAUCGCUCGCGCUCCGGUCUCUCCGUUUUCAGUCCCGUGAUCUCGCGCCGACAUGAAGCGGCCCUGUGAGGACACGACAUCCGACAGCGACAUGGAUGAGACCAUCGACGUGGGCAGUGAGAAUAAUUACCCCGCUCAAAGCAGCAGCUCUUUUCUGAGAUGCGCUUCUCCCACCACCACCUCACAGGUCAUGGCCCGAAAAAAACGCAGAGGGAUCAUCGAAAAGCGACGAAGAGACCGGAUCAAUAACAGUUUAUCAGAGUUGCGUCGCCUGGUGCCAACUGCUUUCGAGAAACAAGGCUCUGCUAAAUUAGAGAAGGCUGAAAUACUGCAGAUGACAGUUGAUCAUCUGAAGAUGCUCCAAGCUACAGGAGGAAAAGGUUAUUUCGAUUUCCAUUCUCUGGCCAUGGACUUCAUGAGCAUCGGUUUCCGUGAAUGUCUCACUGAAGUGGCUCGCUACCUGAGCUCGGUAGAAGGACUGGACUCGAGUGAUCCGCUGCGCAUUCGACUUGUGUCACACCUCAGCAGCUGUGCGUCUCAGCUCGUCGCCUCAUCCAUCACACACCACCCUCAGGCCCUGCACCCGCUCCACCCGCUGCACCCGCUACCCGCAACCUUUCUAGCACACGCCACACCAUUACCUUCGUCCUCAUCUUCCUCUUCAGAGCCACAUCGCUCGUCCUUCUCUCAUGCCGGCAGCAUCGCACCGCCGCUCUCCACCUCACUGCUCUCGCUCUCUGCAGCCUUUCCUCUGUCGUUUCCCGCUGGAUUCCCGCUCUUCGCUCCUGGCAUGGCAACAUCGGCGACCAUCAGCCCCUCCAUUUCCAGCUCAUCCACAUCAUCGACGUCACAGCAGAGCAGCUCCAGCUCUGCUAAACCGUAUCGGCCAUGGGGGACUGAAGUGGGAGCCUUCUGAGUGCUGAGACUGACUGUAAACGCUGCUCUGUCAGCUGUAAGCAAUUCAACAAGUGCCUGGCUGCAUGUAUCAUUCAAGUAAACCUCAUGGGAAGGGAAAACGGUGUGGAUCAUGGUUUUUUUACACAUCACACAUGGAUGAUUGCUUGGUAUUUUCAUUUCACUGAAAUGGGCCCAUCGCUGUUUCAUUUUCCUAUCUUUAUCCUGACAUUUCCCAUGAAGAAAAUGAUGCGGUGUGAAAAACAACUUCAGAACUAAGAGCUUAGUAAUGCUGAAUCAUGUCCAAGCUCAACAGCAGUCCUCGUGGGAUUUGAACUCACAACCUUGCAGUCACCUUUACUGCUGAGCUACAAUCCUUCCACUGAAAUAUAUCAUGUCUGUGCAUAAAAUCCCAGGAAACAAUGCGAAAUUUGAGAAAUUAUUUGUAUGAUGUAAACAGUUAACACUUAUUCCAUGAAACUGAGUCAUACAUGAGCCGAUAGCCUAUAAGCCAUGUACGACGAGAUUGUGGAUAGAAUAAAACAGUUAUUCCACUCAUUCACUGGAUUUUGAGAAAUAGAGCAUUUUUUUAUUUUUUGCAAAUUCAAUAAAUAAAAACUUUAUACAAAACGUCCGACAAAAUUAUUUCUGCUUAGAAUGUAAACAAACUGGCAAAAUGACAGUAGCAAUUUGUGAAAAAUGCUACAAUAAUAAUUCUUGAAAAAUAAAAAAAAGAUACGUUCUUACCAUCAAAUACUUUCAUUCCAUAUUUUGUUGCUUUUUUGUAUUUUGGGGGGGUUUGUUUCCGAGUAGAGUUUUUAUUUCAUCCUUGGUUGGUUCAGCAACACGCUCUGCCAUUUUGGUUUUCUCUACUCAUGAUAUAUGAGCUGAUAGCCUAGUAGUAGAGUAGCCAAUCAGGGCACGCAAUUGUUCAUAUCCAGUGAAUGUGGAUAGAAUAAUGAGUAUUAUAUUAAACAUCCAGAAAAGGUUGGACGAGGCAAAACACAUUAACAAAGACUAAAACAUGACGUCAAAUUCAGAAACACAUGGAGGCUGUCGUUACUUAUUAAGUGUCACUUUCUGGCUGAUGAUUGGAUGCGAUGUACAACUAUCACAAGGACAAAGAUUGCACUUUUUCUCUCUGGUAUGUAGUUCAUCUCAUGAAAGUGAUUUCAUGAGUUUCAUAAAGUGACUUAUGCUAUUACACUAUUUCUUUCCUUUAGGCAAGUUUUCAGUUUUGUGUUUUCAUAUUUAUAUGAACACCAUGCAAGCAUAUCUACAGUAUAAUAACAUCGCAUGAAUGCCAUUCAUAAAAAAAAUACAUAACCAUAAAAUAAAAGUAAAAGCAUUCUGAAAGUCGAUUCAUUUAAGCUCGUAUUUCCUCUUACUCUAAAGAUCCUUCGGCUUUUCUUUUUCCUCAGUCUCUCACACAAACACCAAGUAACCAAUCAGCGACCAGAAUGUGAUGUUCAGUAAGGACAUCCUUUUUUCAUUUGAGAUAAUGUUGAUGUGUUUUCAAAUGUGUUGUGUUUUUGGUUUGUCUUUGUGGGGUAUGGUCAAAAGAAAAGAUAAGAUAUGUUACAAAAUAACAUCAACCUGCUCAAACAAUAACCAUUGGUCCUAGUUUUCUAAUGAGUAUGCUUGAGUGACACCCAUUUAUACUACAUAGUCCUCAUUAGUACAAAGAUAAUCCAACUUGAAGGACACAAAGCUGUGAGAUUGGUGACAGUAAAACGUAUGCAAAUCUACCCUAAAAUGAGCUCCGCUCACUUUCUAUCUGAGUCUGCAAAGACUCCCGGCAUUGUACACAUAUAAAGCCAAUUUCUAUGAGAUGAUGCUUUCCUGUGACUUUAACCAUCAGAUGCACUGUCUGAUUCUCAAAUCUUUUAUUUCACUUAAAAUAAAACCCCAAUAAGCCAAAGGUUUUCCAGAUAAUCACAGAACAGUUGAGGUGUGAAUGUGGUGUGUGUAUUGUGAGGAACUAACCACUCGGUCUGUAAAUAUGUACAUGUGUAAGAGUGUAUCUAGAGUUUAUACUGGAGCUGUAUAUUGUGAUGGUGAUGCACUUCGGUCACUACUGCCUGGAGAGACGGGAUUCUCUCGAUGAUAUGUGCGCUACAGCUUUCACUGUUCGCUCGUGUUAUGUCAGAUUUGCCAGUAAAUCACACUACUGUAUCUUUUUUUAAUCCCCAUCCUGCUCUUGUAAUAUGUAACCAUUUUUCUAUGCAAAAUGAACAAAAAAAGAAAAAGAAAACAUGUCACAGAUUAAAAUUCAGUCCUUUUUA